UCAUCUGUUGGAGAAUGGGCUGUUACUGAAAGUGGUCAACAGUGGAGGGAGCAUGCACAUGUGCAGUCACUCGUGCAGUCACUUUUGAUCCCUAUGCAGUUGCAGUCAGUCUCUCAUAGUGGGCUUCCUUACCUUUCCCCAAGAUGAUUUCAGCACCUACUUAAUAAAUGCUGUAUAAUUUAUUUAUUUAAAUUAGUAGAUUGUCUAGUUAAUUUAAUACCAUUCAAUAAGUAUUUCUGUGGGAUCAGCUCAUGUGUACUUGAAAUGUUUUGUUACUUUAUUAGCUACUUUCUCUUAUCAGUGAUCUCCCCAAAAUGUCAGAAUCAGUUCUGAACUCUUAGGUAGCAAAUAUCUCCUAGCAUAUACUCAAAGUCAUCACCAGGCAGUGAUGGAUUUGACUAGGUGGGUGUGGGUUAGGGAUGUCAAUAUAUAAUGGUGUUUGGGUUGGCUUAUAGGAAAAUGAGAUGCUCAAGAUAAGGACAACCUAUAUUUUGAUUUUGCAGUGUUUCUAUAGUAUUAUAUAGUUACUGAGUGUGAAGUACUUGUGAGGAUCAGGAUCCUACUAAAAUGUACAACCUCUUAAAAUUUUUUUAAGAGUGAAGAUGGGAAAGUGUUUGGAUACUAGCUCUAGUAAAAGACUAGUCGCUUGAAAAACUUGAGCAUAAAGAGGCACUGAUGCCCACCCCCGCCGACCUCCCACCCCGCACAGUUGAAAAUCCAUGUGUAACUUUUGACUCACAAAAACUUAACUAAUAGCUUACUGUUGACGAGAAGCUUUAUUGAGAACAUGAACAGUCAAUAAACACAUAUUUUGUAUGUCAUAUAUAUUAUAUACUACAUUCUUACAAUAAACUAGGGAAAAUAAUAUGUUACGAAAAUCAUAAGGAAGUGAAAAUACAUUUAUAGAACUGUACUGUAUUCAUCAAUAUUGUAAGUUUACAUCAUCUGUUUACAAGAUGAAUCAUCUGUCUGAAAUGGUGAGUAACCACAGCUACAGACCUCAAUCUAUAGUACAUGUCAAGCAAUUCAACUUUUUUCUUGUAGUGUCUUUUCUGUGCUUCUUGGAAGCACUUCCAGCAUCACUAGUGGCACUUUGUAUGGGUCUCACGGUGUUAUUCGUAGUUUACUGUAUUGCACUAAACAUGAGAAAUACGCAAGAACCACCAGAGAUCACAUUUUACUGCCAUAAGCAAUAUAUUGGGGAGAGAAAGUGCUCAUGCUGAGAUGAUUAGCAUCAUAUGGCAUUUUAGGCAGAUACUGGCAACACUUGAGUUCACCACAGGAAUAACAGGAGAUGGCUAUGAAAUUAUUACAGUAGAAUAGUAUGUACUACAGUUAAUUUUAUGCCUUUAUGAUUUAAUACUGCAUUUUUACAUUUGUUUACAUUUCUCUGGACUGGGAAUGGCACUGUAUACAGUCAGUAUGUGUUUGUGUGCAUAAAUUUUGGUAACUGAUAGAUGUGUGUAUAUUUUAUGGUAGUAAAUGAUAAAAUAGACUCAUAGCUACAUGUUUUAUCCAUUAAUGAAAUAUAAAACAUAAAAAGUUUCAAUAUAUCUAGGCUGUGCAGUUCAUCUGUUUUUUUUUGAAUUGUUACACAAAUCUCCAACUAAUUUUCUAAUACAGUUAUUGAAAAAAAUCUAGAUAUAAGUGGACCAGAGCAGUUCAAACCCAUAGCAUUCAAGGGUUACCCGUAUUUUUAAAUAAAAUGUUAUUGCUGGUAGAUUAAGUAUUUCUUUUGGACUUCUACAAAGUCCUAACCUAAACUUUAUUUGCAACAAAGUAUUUUCUUGUAUUUAGUAUAUAGGAAGAUUUUGGUAUUGUAUGGUAUCAAAUGCCAUACUCUGUAGAUACAAUAUUAAAAUGGCACUGUAGGAAGAGUCAGAUUCUGCCUGAUAUGUUUCUCUUUAAAUGAAAGGAAAAAGUUAACAAAUUAUCUUAAACAUUGGCAGCCAUGCUUGCUUUAGGAGAACACCAAAGAUUGCUAUCCGCAAUUCUCCUAAGGAAAUAUGAUGUAGGAGAAAGCAAAUUUUCAGAGAGAGAGAGAUGUUUGUUUUCUUGCUGGUUUAUGUGAAGUUUAUAGGGAUACUUGUCCACCUCAAAUCUCAUUUACAAUUUUUUUCUUAGUGUCUUCAAAGAGGAUGUCAAUUAAUAUGAUCUUGCACCCUAUAUUCUGUGAAUUUUCUGAGGUUGGGGUAUUGACGAGAUGCCAAACAGUGCCAUUGAACAGAUGGAAUAUUAGCUCUUUGACUGUUCUUAGUUUUUUUUUUUUUUUGAGGCGGAGUUUCGCUCUUGUUGCCCAGGAUGUAUGCAGUGGCAUGAUCUUGGCUCACUGCAACCUCCACCUCCCUGGUUCAAGCGAUUCUCCUGCUUCAGCGUCCCGAGUAGCUAGGAUUACAGGUGCCUGCCACCACGCCCAGCUAAUUUUUUGUAUUUUUAGUAGAGACAGUGUUUCGUCAUACUGACCAGGCUGGUCUCGAACUCCUGACCUCAGGUGAUCUGCCUGCCUUGGCCUCCCAAAAUGCUGGGAUAAACAAGCCCAGAAAACUUGUUUAUAGGGGUCAUAUCUAUUAAUAUUUACUGUAGUUGAAAUUAAAGAAAAAAAUUAAGUGUUUAUUUAAAAAUAAUUGUUUUCAUUGAAGCAUAUGAAGAAAAUCUGGCCUCAUACAGAUGUAUAGCUGGAAAAGAAAAUUUUAAUAGCAUUUUCAGAUGAUUGUGGAUAUUUGAUACCUCACCAAAGCUUCAUAAAUAGUAGUUUCUUAAAGGUUAAUUGCUGUGUGGAAUCUAAAACCGUAUCAGUGAACGUUUUGUACUCUUGUUAUACUUUAAAUCCGUUGGUCGACCAUUGUACUUUGGAUCUUUUACCAAUGCAUAAUUUUAUAUUGUAAUUGCAUUCUUAUUAGAAAAGAUUGGUUCACUGAGUUAUGCAAAUCUUUCAAGUGUUGACACAUUUCAUUAUACAGUAUCAAAAAUCAUGUUCAUUUAAUAUCACUGCUCUUAUCAGAACAGUCUUUUGAGUAUCGGGAAGCUGUCAGGCUCAUGGUGGUGUCAUCAAGGUUUCCAAAUUCUAAUUUUUGCUUGAAGCCUUGAAUUUUAUUAUCAGCAAUAAAUACUGUCAGUUUUCCUUGCAGUGACAGGCUCACUUCAUUCAUUUUCGAGAAAAUGUCUGCCAAAUACCUUAGUCUGAAUAAGCAUACUUUGCUUCUUCUGUCAAGUAACAAUGGCAUUUCAAGAAAAAAGCUGCUGGUUUGACUUGUAACACAAAUAGUUGUACACGUGUUUUUUCUCAAGGAAACCAUUCUAUUUCAAUUUCACCAAAAAUGCCUUGUGCAUAUUUCCCAAUUUCAUGACAUAGAAUAUUUUAAAAGUGUUUACUCAACAGCUGAAGUUUAAUAAAAUCAAUAAGUUUUACUGGUGCAUUUCUCAGAGAUUCCCCAUGAAACAAUACAUUGAUUAUAGCAAAGGGGAAUGCACAAUAGCUAUUUUGCAUUUACCCAGGCCGUUUUACCGCUAUGCCUAAAUCCCCCAUCAUUCAGGUGUGGGUGAGGAGGACUGGGGAAAAGUAAGGUGACCUUACUGCUCCUUUGGCACUGUUCACUUUUGCUCAGAGUCACUGGAGUGACCUUCAGAUGGCUUAGAAACCAGCAGCAUCAGUAGUAAGAAAAGUUACAGAGCCAGACUAUGGAGCAAUUUUAUGUUUUGUAGUUCCUGGAGAAACUCUUGCCUUUUCUGUUAGGAGCAAAUGAUCCCUUCCAUGGUGGCCUUUGUUCUGCAUCACCACUAGCAGAUGUUGCUGGGAGGUUGCAGAGAGAUUUGGUCACUUGUUCUACUUAGAUACUUUCUUAACCAGUGCAAGUCAGAACUGCUUAAAAGGCUUCAUACUUUUAAGUCAUAUACACAUUGAACAACAGACACACAUGGAAUGAAUUUACCUCACCCUGCCUUCUAAGAAAUAUACUUUUAUAGCCAGUGAAUUCGUUAUUGAAAAAUUCGAGCAGAUUUAUUUAUUUAUUUAUUUAUUUAUUUUGGCCAACACAAAACUCAAAACUAUGACUUUACAUUUUCAACACUCUUAAUGGUUUUUAAAAUCAUUGCUGGUGGUAAAGCUUCCAUAAACACAGUGGCCCAGCAAGAUACUUUCCAGUUUUGGCCAAAAAUAAGUUAUUCCACUACUGAUACCAUAAUUUCCAUUUAUUAUUACUCCAUUUGUUUUUGUUUUUUUUUUGAGACAGAGUCUUGUUCUGUAGCCCAGGAUGGAGUGCAAUGGCGUGAUCUGUGCUCACUGCAACCUCUGCCUCCCAGGCUCAAGCUAUUCUCCUGCCUCAGCCUCCCAAGUAGCUGGGAUUACAGGCACGUGCCACCACACCUGGCUAAUUUUUGUAUUUGUAGUAGAGAUGGGGUUUCACCACGUUGGCCAGGCUGGUCUUGAACUCCUGACCUCAGGCGAUCCACCUGGCUAGGCCUCCCAAAGUGCUAGGAUUACAGGUGUGAGCCACCGCACCCGGCCUGUUACUUCAGUGUUGUAAGGGAAUAUAUAGAUGGAAGUUGAGAAUUCUUUAUUUUUUGUAAAAAAGUCAAACACCUGAUUACUUGUCCGAUUCUUCUUAGUGAAGUGAGACGGAGACUCACGCAUGUAAGCAGUAUACUUUUCUACUUCUGCUUUUGCUCUGCAGUAAUCUGAAAUGAGACAUCGCCCGUCUUAAAAUUCUGGUUUAUUUGCAGGGGAGGCAUGCAUUUUCCUACUGCCCUAUACACACAAGGCCAUUUUAUUACUUUGUUUGAAGACUGGGUGUGUCUAAUGUAGUGGAAAUUCAUCGAUUCAAUGUUAAGUACAGAUGAAACACAUUUCAGGACCACAUUAGAAAGUCUUUUUAAUUAUCCUUUUUUUUUUUUGGAUUAUUCAUGUGACUGCUUUCCUCUUUUCACAUGAAUUGCUGAGAAUUUAUCAUCCUUUCCAGUUCAUUAAAUCAUUAAAAUUCUUUACUAGCACUAUAAAUAAAUAUGCCAGGCCAUGAGAUGAGGCCGGUUGAUAAAGGCAGCUUUGUCCUGGUAGCAGUUCUUGUUCGUGGUUAACCCGCACUUCUCUGUGAAUAUCUGUAUUACAUUAAAUUUUAGACUUUUAAUGUAGCAAAGCCUUACUCUAAGCAUGUAGGGACUUGCUUUAAGUUGAGCUUUGUGUUUACAGUUGGAUUAGCUGUGAGAUUAAUGUAGUAUUAUAAUACUGCAUUUCUGCUUACACAUGUUCAGGAGAGCCCCAGGACACAUUUAAUAGGUAUUCAGGUUCUUUGCCACUCUACCUAGUCUAAACUUGCAUCUCAGUCAACUAGAAACACUGUAGACCUUAGUUUCAGACCAUUUUGGUCUAGAACCAGUUGCACUCCACAAGUGUGAUCUAGAGUUCUAAUUGGACUUGGAAGUGUUGGGCUUUAACCUCCUCUUGUGUAACCAUUGAAAGCCAGGUUCGUGGGCAUGGCACUGUUGCAGAUAUGGAGAUGCAGUCCUCAGAGAAAGCACACUUUAAUCAGGCAACGUCCUUUGGACUGCAUCUUGAAGGAUGGGUGGGUAGGCUUUUUAUAAGUAGGGUUGUACAGAAGAAAGGGCAGUGAGGAUGGCAGGAAGCAGUAGACCCAUUUGUAGUGUGGGAAUAGUCUGGUUUGCAGGGUGGGUGAAUGAAGAGGAUGAGUCAAAAGAUCUAAUUGUGAAUUGAGCCAGGUCUUGGAGAUCCAAAAUGCAGUGCAAGCCUUGCUUCCUCUCACUGGGAAACGUGAGACGGAAUUUCUUCCCUUCUUCCGGGGCGGAUGCUUGUUUGCACUCCUCUGGCAUGUGAGAGAGACCUUCCUCAAUUUAGAUGAUAGCCCCUUAGGGAAGAAAGAGCAUUAUAAAGAUUUGACCACAUGCCUUUUUGUCUCAUUUUCGAUGCUGUAUUUUAAAUUUUACAAGAGGGUAUUACUUCAAUCAGUGCUGACAUCACCUAGGUCUCCUAUACAGAACUCUUAAUAGAAAUUAUGGCAUCUCCGCAGAUGACAAGUAAAAUCCUUAUGCAGAGAGACCUGACUCAGAUAUAAAUUGUGAUCACCAUUUUCAGAGAUUAUCCUUCCUUGGUCUGAUUCCAGUUGUUAUCACCAUGGAUCUUGUAUGGGUUCAUGUCUCUGUUAACUACGGUGGAGUGGUUGCUUCUCUUUGUGGUUUUUUUUUUUAGAUAAGGUACUGACAGUUGAGUUGCCACUCUUUGAAGAUGUAUUUUGACUUUAAUGUUUUUAAUCUGUUUAUUAUGGUUAAAGUUCCUAUGUAUUAUAAAUGCUGUCCUCCCUAUUAUGUGAUGCAGAGAUUGGAGAAACUCAAAUUUAAGAACAUGUUUUCAUGAAUAGUCCCCACUUUAAGUGAGACUUAUUUUUAGCAUUAUUUCAUGAGCAAUUAGAUUAUUUUACUCUAAAUCUCUGGGCAGUUCGAGUACUGACCUACUUAUAUAGUAGCUCUUAAUUAAAAAAAUAAUUAUUUUUAUUUUAGAGAAUAUUAUUAGAGAAUUGAAUUUUUUUUGAAAUACUCUAUUUUCUUAGUUCUAAUACAUGUGAUCAAGCUAGGUAUAGAAUCUCAAUUUUUAUUCUGAUUAUAAUAGCAUGAGAGGUCGAAGCAACAAAGAAGUACUUUAUCAGCGUCGAAUUAUUAUUUCCUGCAGCAAAUGAUGGUAGUUUGUGAAUGUUACUUGGUGGUGUUAUAUUUAAGGUUAUACCAACAUUUAAAGUAUACUGUGUCUUUCUAUUGUGUACUUCACAACAGUUGAUGGGGAUUGUGUCCUUUUAAGCUAAUUAAAAGUAGCAUAAAACGGCCAGGUGCGGUGGCUCACGCUUGUAAUUCCAGUACUUUGGGAGGCCUAGGCAGGGGGGGAUCACAUGAGGUCAGGAGUUCGAGACCAGCCUGACCAAUAUGGUGAAACCCCGUCUCUACUAAAAAUACAAACUUAGCCGGGCGUGGUGGUGCAUGCCUGUAAUCUCAGGUAUUUGGGAAGUUGAGGCAGGAGAAUUACUUGAACCUGGGAGGUAGAAGUUGCAGUGAGCUGAGAUUGUGCCAUUGGGCUCCAGCCUGGGCAACAAGAGCGGAAACCCCCUCUCAAAAAAAAAAAAAAAAAAAAAAAAGUAGCAUAAAAUGUAUCUUUUAAUUUGGUUCUAGAAGAGCAUUUACUUUGAGUUUUUGCCAGAAACUGGUUUCUGUAAUAAUGCUCUGUCACAGCCUUCUAAUUCUACUUGAAUUUUUUGUUAGGGAAUAUUAUUAUUAUUUAUUUUAGAAAUGUAUGUGCCUUUUUUCAUUUUUAUUUGGUAGUAUCUACUGGAGAGAAGGUAUGUUAGAAAUUGAGUGUGAAGCUACUUUGUAACUUCAUGGAUGUUUAUGUUUUCCCACAGCAAGAUUUCUCAGAUUUCACUCAGCAUAGCAGACCUCUUAAUGUUAGAUCUUGUACUGUUUGCCCAAAAUAACUACAUUUCAUUCUGGUCGCAUACAUUGUAAAACAAAGGAAAGCAUUUCAUUAAAUAGUGAUUAAUUGAGACUUUGUGGAUAUGUGCAUAGUGAUUGUCAAAAUGUGAAAUUAUAACUGGUCUUUUCUAUGUGGUUUUGCAAAAAAAAAAAAAACAACAAAAAAAAACAAAACAAACAAAAAAAAUAAAAAGUUUUUUCUGGCCUUGCCUUUCCCAACCUGUCCUGUUCAUUUUACAGUGAGCACAAUUUAAAAUCUAAGAUAAUUGAUAUCAUUCAGGUGUUUUGAUGUUGAUGGUGGGGAGGCAGUAAAUUGAAGGACAGGAGAGCAGUAUUUAUUGCUAAGCACUGAGUGACUAAAGGUAUAGAACUUAGUUGUGGAUGUUGGGGAAAUUUGGCUGUGACACUUGGAACCUCACUAAUAAUCAGGACUGACGUAGAAUAUCUGGUGGUUUGGGAAUUGUCUGGAUUCUUUCUUCCCAUCCCAUGUGUUCUUGGAAAAGGUGUUUUUCCUAAAUAGAACAAGAUACUCUUUGGUUAACGAGAGAAGCUUUGGACUUUGAUGAUCUGAUUGAUAUGUUCUUGGUGACUAUCUUUCGAAUAUCAGAAAAAAAACAAAAACAAAAACUAUUACUAGCCAAAGUAAAACAUAUCUUUGGAAACACUUUUUUCUUUGACCAAAACAUAUUAUUUUCUUCUUCUGUUAUUUAAAGCCAACAAAUGACCUGAAGAAAGCCACAGCAAUGGUUGGGUGAGGUUGUUCCAUUCCAGCAUUCCCAGUAGGAUUGAAGUCCUUUGCUGGAACAGCCCCAUUCAGGCCUUUUUGAAACGGACCUCCUGAGCCUUGAUUUUACCUUUCUUUGGGUAGACUAUUUUCAAGUACCUAGUAGAGAGUCAUAUAUAUAUUGGGAUCAUUGUAUUAUGAUAAUGUUUCUCUCUCUUAAGCUAACAUUUUAAUAUGGACUCUGUUUGUUUGAAAGUAAGCAGUAUCUUCUAGUGAGUCAUUUAGCUCCAGAUUUAACCUAUGUAUAAAGUAGUUGUAAGUUAAUAAAUCUUGAAUUGAUUGAUAAAAUAUCUUUAGCAAAUAUUACCGAGAGAGUUACAGGCUUAUACUGAUCAGUUUUAUGUGCAUUUUAUGUACAGUUUUAUGUACAAUUGUGUGGCAUGAGAAAAUAUUAGAAAUGCAUUAUAUUAAUGCUGGAACUCUUACCAGUCCUGGCAAUGCAAAUUCUCAUUUUGAGAUUUCCAUCUAGAUAUUCUACCAUAUCAAUGGUUGUCAUAGUAGCAGUCUCAAUUGAGAAUUGUGAUUAUAUACUUUAUCAAAUAACUACUUGACGAAAGCUCAAUUAUUCUAAUGUAGUUCAGCCAGCAUUCUGAGCCAUCAUCUUGCCUGGUUAAGGAAAUAAUUAAGCAACCUAAAAAAAAGAUUUCUUUCUUUCUGUUGAAUUGUACACAUUUUACCGUAUUUCACUGACUGUAGGGUGCCAUCAUGUGUAAGACAUGCCAUUACUUUAUGUACCACUAAGAAAGGAAAAAAAAAAAGCCUAAUAGUUACACUUAUGAGAUGGCAUCAAUUAAAAGACACAAACCAGUUUCAGAGAUGUUAAAGUGGCGAGGGUGGGGGAGGCACAAGGAAUCUACAAUCCAUAAAAUAUGGCACUUAGAUAUAUACACAUAGAGUUUAAGGAAUCUACAAUCCAUAAAAUAUGGCACUUACAUAUAUACACAUAGAGUUUUAGUUGGGUAUUGGUCAUAAUCAUAUUAAAAUGUAAAGAAAAUUAUAUUAAGUAAAUCGCUAUUUCUGCCAAAUAUUAUACAGAUUUUUUAAAUCUUAGAAACCUAUAAUUGGAAAAGAUAGGCGAUCAUGUAGUCAAUACACCUGAGGAAAUGUACCAUAAGAUCAUCUAGAGCAGAGAUGCCUAACCUUUUGGCUUCCCUGGGCCAUGUUGGAAGAAUUGUCUUGAGCCACACAUAAAAUAUGCUAACACUAAUGAUAGCCCAUGAGCUAAAAAAAUUGCAGAAAAAAAAAUCUCAUAAUGUUUUAAGAAAGGUUACAAAUUUGUUUGAGGCUGCAUUCAAAGCCAUCGUAGGCCUCUUUCAGGGCCGCAGGUUGGGCAAACUUGAUCUAGAGUAUGUAAAACUUGGCAAUUGAUUGCCUUUUUUAUUGAAGUAUCUUCAACUUUACAAAAGAAAUUAUAAUAUUCCUUUAAAUAGCCAUCUUCAGAGUAUCUACUGGUAAACUUUAUAUACCCCUUUUCAAGAUCACUUAAUGUAUGGAAGAGAAUAAUUUGGGAUUUAGAUGAGUUGUUCAGUAUUCCAAACAAGGCGCACACUGAGACACAGUGUGUAUUUAAGAGCUGUAGUCGUCAAAUGUCAUGGUAAGUGCCAUAUGGAAUUGUAAAAAGAAUCAUCGUUCUCUGCCUUCUAAGAAUUACCGCAUUCUACCAUUGGGCAUUCCCCCCGCACCCCCUGCUCACCCCAAAUCUAAAGUACAAUUCAAGGUUAACUGGAGCUCUGUGGUGAAAAGGUGACUUAAUGAAACUGAUCGUGAACCUUAUCCUGUGGACAGCACUGAGGUAUGCCUUGGCUAAAUACUUGGCCUUAGUUACCACCCUUGGUGCUGGAAUUCAAACUGGGUCAUUGUCGAGAGAGGCCAAAUUGAGUUGCUAGUGAGAUAUGGCUGGGUGGCUAGAUGGACUACUUGCAGGAGGCUGUCUCAGGAGGUGGUUACAGCAGUGCAUUAGCCAACAGGUGGCCUCAUGGAGGUUUGAAGUCCACAAUGGGCACCCAGCCUGAAGUGUGGGUUCAAGUGCAGGUUUGGAAAUAACACUGUGGGAUUUGGAUAUUGGGUGCGGACCCGAUCACAGUGCACAGCACAAAUCUUGAUUAUUAUUGAACCUUCCCUGCAAAAUCAGAUUCACAGCAAAAUGGGACCUGCUUGGCCCACAGGUGGGGCUAGAGGAAGCCUGCAGAUAGGAUGAAAUGUCAGUAGCUGUGCAGUCUGAAAGAGUACAAGGAUGAGGAGCUAGAUUAAUCUUUGAGAUUUUGUGUUUUAGAUGAUUGCAUCACAAACGUAUCCUGCUUUGGGCAUAAUUGCUGCUAAUGGUGAGAGCUUACUUUUGUAGAGUGUUUUUGACUAAAGUGAUUUCACAAAACAUAUAAUCUUACCUUCACAAUAAACCUGAAGGAGAAGCUGGGUCUAAUUACCCCAUUUGGCAGAUGUGGAAAAUGAGGCUCACAAAUACUAACCUUAAGGUCACUUGUUAUUGGGUCUUGCUUUUUUUGCUAUGCUAUGCUUCCAGCGCUUGACUCCAUAUUUAUUUCCAAAUUUAGAAAGCAUAUAUAGUCUGUUUUCCAGCAGCUGCUGCUGACUUUGGGAACUGUCAACAUUUGUUGCUUAUCUUUUUACCUCCCAAAUCAAAAGCAUAAUUUUUGCUCAGUAUCGAAGGGACAAAUAAGAAAAACAAAACACUAUUCCCAUAUAAUUUACCAGAUUAAACUACUCUACUCUGUUAGGUUAUGUUAAUCAUUUUUGGAAGUGAUAGGUAUUUCUUCAGUCUACCUUACCUUGUUUAAACCUCUGUUAACCUCACUGCUGUUGCUUUUUAGGGGCCUUGUAGUAAACCAUGUACAAGUCCAGACAAGGAGUCCAGAGUUAGAGCAAGUUAAACAAGAGUUGCCAGCAUUAUUAGUUGUUGACAUAGAAGUUGGUGUUAACCGUGAAUAGCUGGUUUCUAACUUUAUUUUACCUGGAGAGCCUCUUCUGUUUUUGAGCAGUGUCGUCACUGCGGUUCCUUCCUUCCAUCUCAUUCCACAAGUAUCCUUUCAGCAUUCUUACCUGUAGUGUGCCCCUACAAGGGUGCAGACUACAUAUGUUCAUGGUUUUCAUCUUUGUAAGCUUUAAAAGAAAGCUUUUUAUUUUGAAGUAGAUUAGAAAUAUAACAAUUGAGCAUUCUGUAAGUAUGUGAGGUAAUUACUAUGGGUGGAUAUUAGAGUGAACGAAGCAAACAACAUGACAAGCCAGGAGAUCUGCCUCGUAGUCCAGGUGUUGCCCCACUUCGUUACUGUGGAAUUUUCACAAACCCCUUAUACUUCUGACACCCAGUUGCCAUACCUGUGAAAAAAGAGUUGCAUUAAAUGAUUUCUGGAGUCCCGUUCAGUUCCAAACCUCAUUCAAGUCUGCAAAGUGAAUAUGUCAGAUUGUAUUAAAUAAAGGUAGGAUUGCUGACAAACCUUCCGGUGGUGAAAAGGAUGAUCUAAGUGAGCUUAAAUUCUGUUGAUAAUUUUGUUAUUAUUGGGAAUUGAAUGGAAAUAGGUUAACAGUGAUUCAGCUUUCUGGCAAUUAUAAAAUCAACUGAAACCCACUAUUAUUAGCUAACCUUUUAAGUUUGGUUUCUAGUCUUGCUCACCACCGUAUGCCCAACACCUAAUGCACUGCAUAGUCAGUAUGUUUUAUUUUGGGAAUACUUUCAUACAAACUUGAUGGACUUCUUGGCCUAUUUACCUCAUUAAGGCAGACAGCUCUAAAAUUCAGGAAGUGUAGAAACAAGUGAUAAAAUGCCGAUUGGAAAGAAAUUUUAGGAGUAAAAUGUGGCAGUAGACAUCAGGCUGCUAUCCUUUUUUACCCUUCAACCCAGUGGGUGAUGUUUCUGGGUUACAGACUCAACAGAUGGAGUUUUAACUAUUUAAUCAAGGAGGAAAAGAAGCCAUAAUUUGUAUUUAAUGUAGUAGACUAUAGAAAUGAAAGAAUAAAGUGAUACCAAAAUUUUGUAUAUUCAAGUCAAUCUUAUAGUUUUAUAACAUUUUAACCCUAACAUUUUAUUGUAUUCUGGGUUGCAAUUACUCAUGGCAGAUGAAAGCCAUGGCUUCUCUUUCUAGAAAAAUAAAUGCACACAUACUGCCAAUUUCACAUACAGUUUGAGGAGUUUCAUGAACUUGUCAUCAUCUGGUGGUCCCUAGUCCGAAUUCUUGAUAGAAAAGAACCUAGUGUGUUAAACCUUAAAUGCCCUUAGAAAUAACCUAGACCAGUGUUUCUUAAACUGUGGUCAUGAGAUCAGUUGAAUGGAUUAUGACCAAUAUUAAAAAGAAAAGAAAAAAAUAGAAAAUAUCAGAGUGUAUAUCAUAACAUGCUAAGAGUAGGUUUUGUUUUUUGAGCCAGGUCUUUCCAUUUGUAUGCCUAUAUGUGUGUUUAUGUUUAGUACUAAGAAUAUAAAAUGCAUUUCUUACUGUGGAUUGAGUGUAAAGUUUGAAAAACAUUCAUUCUGGGUGAAUCUCUUCUCUCUUGUAGCUGAGGAAAACUGAGGCCUUUAAAGGCUAAAUGAUUUGUUCAAAUACUCCCCUUUCUCUAUUUUAAGUGGCUCAGCCAGGACUGAACUAGAUUGAUUGCUAAUUUUACCAUGCGACAUUGCUAAUUUGUUGAAAUGUAAUUGUGAAGUAGACCAUUUAAAAAUACUAAGUGAUUGUCUGCUUCAUAGUUGACGUUUUUUAAUUCCUUAUUUUUCCUGCUGAAAUCAUCACUGUCAUUAUCUUUUAAAAUAAUUGGGGCUGGUGCUUCCUUUCCAGAGAAUAUCUUGGUCCCUCUCGGUUGGCUGUCUGCACACCUCAGUCCUAGAACUUGACAUUUGGGGCCUAAUCAGAAGAAUUUCAGAACAAGGUGUGAGGGGUUGUUAAGUUUUUAAUGUCCAAACCAAAUUAAAUUAUUUUGAAUUAUUUUCAAUUGACUUAAUAGUUGAAUGCAACAUAUGGCACCAGAUGUUGGUACUGGAUCAUUGGGAAGACAUCUAGUAGUCUGUAGUUAUCUAUGUGAGGUUUUUUUCAACCUUGAAUACCAUAUGAAAUGCAGAUUCUGAUCCAGAGUCUGGCUGAGAUUCUGGGUUACUAACAGGCUCCCUGUAGAUGCUGCUGCUGAUCCUUCAACUACAUUUUCAGUAGCAAGAACCUGCAUUACCUGCCUUAUUACCGUGGUAAGAAAAAGUAGCCGUCAGAUAAUUUUUCUGUGUUGAUUUUAAACAGUCUUGCUCAUCAGUCCUUACACACAUUGCAGUAAUAAUGCCCCUCUUUGUAGCACUGUUGUAGAUGAUUCAGAUUUAGCACUACUUCAUUUAACUAGUAUUGUCAGAAUUUUCAACAAAACUUAUUUUUCUAAAUAACUUACAUCUUCAAUUUUAGAAAACAUGUUCUACAAUAUUGCAUAAUUCUCUUUCUCAAACUGUUACAUGCACUUUACUUUUUUUUCUUUAACUUAGUGGUGUAAGAGCCAUGUUUUUUGGAGACUUCUUGGUGAUGGGUAUUGAGCCAUAUGCAAAAUGUGUAAAGAUCACAAACCGUUCUAAGUUCUUGUAUCUGUGUUUUAUGUUUUUUCUAUUUUGUCUCCAUCCAGCUACCAAUUAAUAGUAUGUCUGCCUAAAAGCAGCUGGUUUCCCUUUCCAUUCUAAUUGAUUACUUCUGACCUGAAAAGCCAGAUACUAGAUUUGUUAGAAAUAUUUAUGAGAUUAAUCCCAGUCAGAAAGGCCUACCUGGCAUGGGGGCUUUCCUGCAAGGAAGUGGUCAGGAAGUUCAGUAGCACUUGAGCGGGAGAGAAAUCCUUUAGUGUUAACCCUAUUCCGAAUAAUUAGGUCAAUGGGAGCUUACUUGUUUCUUCAUGCCUUUCUCUAUGUGCUUUUUAAACUGAUUUCUAGAUCCCUCUCUAACAUUGUGUGUUAAAGUGCAUAUGAAGAUGACUUGGAGGUGUCUAUAUGUAUGUGCGUGUUCUGCUAUUGAGAACAUGAUCAUCAUAAUAAAUAAGCAGUGCUUCAGGAUCCAUCUAAAAUGGAGACAGGUAACUGUGCUACAGGCCCUGGUUCUCUUACAGAGGCUUUGCAAAUGGUUUUAAGAAUAACAAUAACAACAAUAAAGAGGAUGUUUCUUGGUUCAAUUUAGUGUUCUAGGGAUUUAAAGACUGAUUUCUGGUAACUGCCUUUAGCAGAUUAUUAAUGAUAACCAUAACAAUCAUAACUCUUAUUUGCGGAGCCCUCACUGUGUCAGGCAGUCAUUAUUCAGACAAGUGUUACAACAAGGAGAGCUGUGGUCAUGAAGGGUGCAUUUGCCUGUGGGGUAGCAAAUGGCUGCUGUGCUUUGAACAAAUGAGAGUGAUCCAAAUAGAUAGGGGUGAGAUUAACUAUUCUCAUUAGUCCCUGUUUACAAUAAAUAAGCAUGUGUAGAACCUAUUGCAGGUGUUUUUGUUUUUUUUUUUACUCACCAACGCUAGAAAUGGUUGUAGGAUUCACACCUAUAAAAAUCAAAUAGUAGCUUAUAUUCUUCUAAUUCAAAGCAGAGAGAACCUGUUUGCAUUUUAACUCGGUGGAAUCCGAACAUUUAUCAUUUUGAAUAGCCUUGUUAUUGGUUCUGUGUUAGAAGUUGUGGAUUAUAUUCUUUAAAAUUAAGACAAGACUAAAUGUAGCCUUAACAGUUAAGUUGAAUGUUGAGAUCCUGAACAUGGCCCCAUCUGAAAUAUUUUUAGUGAAUUACAGCCUUUGAACAUUGAUCAUCAGAUUUGUUUUUAUUUAAAUCUCGUUUUUACUUCUAGAGUUUAUCUUAUGCUUCAGUGUACUUAGGUGUACGGGUAUAAUCUUAAUCUAAUUAACCGUAUUUUGUGACCUGAGACUCCUGUCAAAGACCAUUAUAGAAGCUAGAAAACAUUGGGAGGUAAACUGAACACAUGGCCUCAGUUCUCUUCUUUAGCACUAGAUUAUGACUUGCACUCAGAGGCUAAGAAAAAGAAAAAUAACGUCCUUUGCCUUUAAAGUGUAAUAAAUGUGUUUUGCUAUUAAUAACCCUUUUCAGUUUAUAGACUGGAGGAUUUUGUUUUAAGUGUUUGAAACUAAAUGCUGCUGGGAAAAAGAUUUUAGUAGAAAUAUAGAUCUCUGUCCCUACCCUUUGUUAAUUGAUCCUGCUUAACUGGGGACAUAAUGUAUAUCUACUGAAGAGAAAUCUGUGGGCAUAAACUCCUCCCUUCCUGUUGUCAAAUGUAUUUCAUAUGUUAUUUAUCUUGUUUAAAUAUACAGUAGACAAGAAAAUGCAGCUGCUGUUCCUUUAAUAUCAGAACUAUGCAUGUUACAAUAGGUGUCACUGUUUUGCUUGGUCCAAUCAUGAUUGGUGACUUCAGCUAUUGGCUCGGAGCACUGACUGUCUGACUCCAUCUGCAGGGCUGUAAUACCUACUCUCCUCCGAUCCAUUCACCACACAACUUCAGCCGGCUGAACAGACUCACGCAGCUCCAGCCCAUCUUGCUAACCUAAUUCAGAAAACAAGUGCUACAGCUCUGUGCCUGUCAUCUUUACAGUGUAGCAUUUUCAGAGACGGUAAAGAACAGGUCCAAGAAAAGCUCGAAGAAAGCAAAUACCAGCAGCAGCAGUAGCAACAGCAGCAAGUUGCCGCCAGUUUGUUAUGAAAUAAUUACCUUGAAGACUAAAAAGAAGAAGAUGGCUGCUGAUAUAUUCCCCCGUAAAAAGCCAGCCAACUCCAGCAGCACCAGCGUCCAGCAGUACCACCAGCAGAAUCUCAGUAACAACAACCUUAUCCCGGCCCCAAACUGGCAGGGUCUUUAUCCCACCAUUAGAGAGAGAAAUGCGGUGAUGUUCAAUAAUGAUUUGAUGGCAGAUGUACAUUUUGUGGUUGGGCCACCAGGUGGGACUCAACGGUUGCCAGGACACAAAUAUGUUUUAGCUGUUGGGAGCUCUGUGUUCCAUGCGAUGUUUUACGGAGAACUUGCAGAGGACAAAGAUGAAAUCCGUAUACCAGAUGUCGAACCUGCUGCUUUUCUCGCUAUGCUGAAAUAUAUCUAUUGUGAUGAAAUUGACUUGGCUGCUGACACAGUGCUGGCCACACUUUAUGCUGCCAAAAAGUACAUCGUCCCUCACCUUGCCAGGGCCUGUGUUAAUUUCCUGGAGACCAGCCUGAGUGCCAAAAAUGCCUGUGUGCUCCUCUCCCAGAGCUGCCUGUUCGAGGAGCCAGACCUGACCCAGCGUUGCUGGGAGGUGAUUGAUGCCCAGGCAGAGUUAGCUCUCAAGUCUGAGGGAUUCUGCGAUAUCGACUUCCAGACACUAGAAAGUAUUCUCCGUAGGGAAACUCUGAAUGCCAAAGAAAUUGUGGUUUUUGAGGCAGCUCUCAACUGGGCUGAAGUAGAAUGCCAACGACAAGAUCUCGCGUUGAGCAUUGAAAAUAAACGCAAGGUCCUAGGAAAGGCACUUUACUUGAUCCGCAUACCCACAAUGGCCCUUGAUGAUUUUGCAAAUGGUGCUGCACAGUCCGGAGUAUUGACUCUCAAUGAGACCAACGACAUCUUCCUCUGGUAUACUGCAGCCAAAAAGCCUGAGCUGCAGUUUGUGAGUAAAGCCCGCAAGGGCCUUGUCCCCCAGCGCUGUCACCGUUUCCAGUCGUGUGCCUAUCGAAGCAACCAGUGGCGCUAUCGCGGUCGCUGUGACAGCAUCCAGUUUGCAGUUGAUAAAAGAGUGUUCAUUGCUGGCUUUGGGCUGUAUGGCUCCAGCUGUGGUUCUGCAGAAUACAGUGCCAAGAUUGAACUUAAGCGGCAGGGCGUUGUCCUGGGGCAGAACUUGAGCAAGUACUUCUCAGAUGGGUCCAGCAAUACCUUUCCGGUAUGGUUUGAAUACCCAGUGCAGAUCGAGCCAGACACCUUCUACACAGCCAGUGUGAUACUGGAUGGCAAUGAACUCAGCUACUUUGGACAAGAAGGCAUGACAGAAGUUCAGUGUGGCAAAGUGACUGUCCAGUUUCAGUGCUCCUCAGAUAGCACCAAUGGCACUGGGGUACAGGGAGGGCAGAUCCCUGAACUUAUAUUCUAUGCUUGAAAACUCACUUCCUGAAGCAGCGUGAGCUCCAAAGUGCACAUCUGGUUCCAGCUUGCUUGAUGCUUAGCUCAUCUGCAAAUAUGUGAUCAGUGCCGGUAAUUUGUAAUGAAUGAAGCGGUAGACAGGUUCUAAUUUCUUUUAGCCUUUUAAUUAUGUACAGGCAAAAAUGCAGCAUUCCGCUUUUAACUAUGUGCUUAAAAGAGCUAACGUUCUUAUUAAGGCUUCGUGAAGGUUUUUAGAGUUGCUUCUAUGAACCUGGGGAGAUUAUGUGCUUUCCCAAGCGUUCCACCACCCUCUCAGUUUUGUCCCUCUGAAGAUAACUUUGGAUCACCUUGAAUUUCCUUUUGGACGUUAUUUGAUGAACAGAAAUAAAGUGAUAACAAGAGUUAUUUUUAAACAGAACUCCUCUUACCCCCCAAAACAGAUAAACCUCAGUGUACAAUUUUGAAAGAAGUUUUGCUUUGUAAUGAGUAAUAAUUUAGAAAGUAGACAGUGGUCAUGUUUGGCUCUUGUUUUAUUCCUUUUACAUUUGUUGCUUCUGGGAUUUAAAAAAAUUCUAAAUUCAUAAGAUUGUUAGGUAUUAAACACUUCAGAGUAUCAAUGUAAAAUUGGAAAAUAAGGAAUUGGGGGCAUUUGUUUAGGCCAUGACUUCUACAAGCAGAUUUAUUUUCUUUUAGUUUAGAAGACAAAAAAUUUCAAUACAGAUACUUCUUUUAGAAGUAAAUUUUUAAAUUUUAUUGUCAGUAGAAAAAAGUUAAAUUCCUACUAAUUUAAAGUAAGACAGUUUAAAAAGGAAGCCUAAAAAAGACUCAUACUACAAAUAAUUUAAUUGAUGGCAUAUAAGAAUAUGCAGUUUGAAAAAGCCAAACUCUUCUCUCCACUUAGCUUUUGAUCCCCACUGUUUGCUUAUUUGUACAAGUCAUACUGUGUAGAAUUUCUAUUUUCUUUUUCCCCAUUAAAAGAGGACCAAACAAUUCUUUAUACAAAUGGAGUAGCAACUAGUUUUGUAGCACUACAUUUAAUGUAAUGAGAUAUCUUUGUUCAUUUUUUAAAAUUUGAAAUAUACUUUACCUGAUCCACUUUGAUUAUAUACUAUAUUCUUUGUUAAUUUUAAUUUUGUCCUGUUCCUAGACUGCUAGAAUCUGGCCCCUGGCCAUCUUAAAGUGCCAACAUAUGCCUGCAGGGUUUAUAAAAAAUGGUCUGGAGUGACACAUUUUAUUAUACCUAAUAUUCACUGCAUCAGCAUCACAUCUAGCUGUCUUACUUGUUCACAGAUAAUGUAAACAAAGGAGGGAAAAGCUUAUUAAAAAAUUGUCCUUCGCUGCUGGCUUGUGCUGGUUUAGUGCCUGUGUCCCUGGCAGUGUCCAGUAUGUUCACUUCCAGUUGAAGUAUCCAUAUGUUUCUGGGCAGCUUUUCUGCUCAGUGUGAUCCUGAGAUGGCUUCCCCCCCGCCACCCAGAGUGUGGUCCUUGACCGCCUCCUGCUCCUGCUCUGCAAGCCUGAAACUGGCUUGUCUGGAGCCAGGAGUUAGUCCUGGGGUGUGUGUUUGCCUGCGCACCCAUGCGCAUGCAAGUGUGUUUGCCAGCUCAGGAACUGUCUCCUCUCUACCUGGCUAGUAAGAGGUGGGACAGUAAUGGUCCUCCUGCUGGCCCCAGCAAGGCCCAUGAGUGACUGCCCUUACUUAUUCACUGUGCCUCUGGGCCACUUCUUCCCCUGUAGAUGUGGGCUUGUUGCCUUCAGCUGGCUUCCCUGAGGGAGGAGAACACUGGAUUAUUGGAAAUGUUUUAAUCACUCUUGCCAUUACCUACAUCUAUUAGCAUAGAUGAUGAAAAGCUGUUACUGGUGAUUAUAGAUGAGUAUUUCCAGGACAACUUUCUAAAAUUAUAAUUAUUUCUUACUAGGGACAUUACAGGUAGUUUGGCAGAGCAUUGGUGUACAAAGGUACAUUUUCAAUUAAAAAGCAUACUUCUACAAAAGAUUUGAUUUUUAAAUUAUGGUUAAACAUUCCAGUAACUCAUAGCUACCAUGCAAGUUGGUGGACCUUCUAAGAAGGCACUUGUUUGUAAGCCAGAGGAGAAGAAACUUGAAUUGCAUCCUAUCAGAUUGUUGAGGUGGGUGUGAUAGUCUUCAAGUGCAGUGCGUUCACUCACUAACACUCACUGUCAGUGCCCGUGUUUGCUAGCUGCCUCCAUGUGACUAGUGAGCUGCUGGUGAAAGUCGUGUGAAAUCCUGUACACUGUGUAUAGAAUAAUGUAAUUUUAUGUUAAUUGUUAUUACUUUAAAAAAAAUCUACCAUCUGAUUGGCUGGUGCCAAGAGCUGUGGGUAAAAUUUGAAAAUUGUAUUUAGAAUAAGAAAUUUUACAUUUUAAACCCUAUUCUCCUUUAUGCAUUUUCGAUGAAAUGGAAUGAAGGCUAAUGUGCUUGCUUUAUCUUCUUUUGUAAUCUUGGAUUUUGUAGCUUUUAAAACUAGAAACCAUUGUUCUAACAAAGCAGGCAACUCUAUUCUAUAAACACAACUUCAUUAAGCAGAAUACACUGUAGAUGCUUUUCCCCAAUGUAUCUGGCUGGCAGUCUUUGUCGUUGUUCAUCCUGGGGAUAAAGGGGAACUAGGCUAGCAGUUCUAAUGUGACAUUCUUUAAGCAUAUCUUAAAAUAGUAUUUAAGUAAAUGGUCUAAUUUCUACAUAAUUAUUGCACUGAACUGUCUUUUUUGUUUAUUAAGGUGUUUAAAUAAGCUCAGCUAAUUCAAGACACUGUAGCCACUUGUGCAUCAGUGUGCUUGAAUUUAGUAGCUUACAGCAUUAUUUAUGAAGGAAAAAUAUAUAAAUAUGAAGUACCUCAUGUUGAAUGUUAUUGUACUGUAUUUUUAAUGUAACAGUGCAGAUCUUGUUAGACACAUGAAUGUGUAUAAUCAUGUUAAAUGCAAAUAAAAUAAAACUAGUUCAUAGA